UGGAGCCCUGCAGAGAGUCAACGAACAACUACCGGUGGAGUGAGAGAAAAGGGAAACUCCCGUCUGAGUGUCUGUCACACUGAACGAAAACCAACGUGUUGGACUGAGUGAGAGCGCGCUGUUGAAAUAAACCAGGCAACAAUGUCUGAGGGAGUUAUCACCAGAAUGGGUCUUCUUCUGCUCAUCAUCAGCUCGACAAUGGCCCAGGACUGUUCCGAUCCCUGUGACUGCCCAUCGGAUCCCCCUCCAUGCCCGUUUGGUACCAGCCUGGUUCUGGAUGGCUGUGGUUGCUGCAAGGUGUGUGCCAGGCAAGCCGGCGAGCCCUGUACCCUCCUGGAGCCAUGUGACCACCACAAAGAGCUUUACUGUGAUUAUGCAAUGCUGAGUGACACCGAGCACGGCAUCUGUAUGUCCCAGGAAGGCCAGACGUGUGACCUGGGAGGGGUCAUCUACCGCAGUGGAGAGACCUUUCAGCCCAGCUGCAAGCACCAGUGUGUUUGUAUGAACGGAGAGAUUGGCUGCGUGCCAACCUGUGCCAACAACGUGCUGCUGGCCUCUCCAGACUGCCCAUACCCACGCCGCAUCCAGAUCCCUGGGAAGUGCUGUGAGGAGUGGGUGUGUGACCAGAGCCCUCAGGACAACCCCUAUCAGUCAGCCAUGGCUGUCUACAGAAAGGAGUCAGCCCACGUGCCGGUACCGGCGGAGAGCCCCAGGGAGAACUGCAUCGUCCAGACCACCAAAUGGGGCGAGUGCUCGGCCACCUGCGGCAUGGGCGUGUCGUACCGCGUCACCAACGACAACGAGCGGUGCCAGCUGGAGAGGCAGACCCGUGUCUGUAUGAUCCGGUCCUGCCAUGUGGAGCAAGAGAAGGACAUCAAGAGGGGGAAGAAGUGUGUACGGACCCCCAAGUCCCCGCGAGGCGUGCGCUUCCAUCUGUCGGGCUGCAGCAGCAGGAGGGUCUACAAGCCCAAGUUCUGUGGUGUGUGUACGGACGGGCGCUGCUGCACCCCCCACACCACCGUCACCGCAGAGGUGGAGUUCCACUGUCCCGAGGGAGACGCCUUCAGACGCAAGAUGAUGUUCAUCAAGACGUGCUCCUGUCACCACGACUGUCCCCGAGACAAUGACAUCUUCCUGGCUUCGCACACACGCAGGAUGAUCGGGGACUAUGACAACGAUAUGUAACCGACGUGGCUGCCGUACGCACUGCACAGAUAACGUUACAUAUACAUUUACACACACACACACGCACACAUACACACACACACACACAUACACACGCACACACACACACACAUAUACACGCACACGCAUACGCACACACAUAUACACACACACGCGCACACGCACACACAUAUACACACACACACGCACACACACACGCACACAUACACACGCACACACACACAUAUACACACACACACACACACACAUAUACACACACACAUACAUAUACACACACACACACACAUACAUGCACGCACGCGCACGCACGCACGCACACGCACACACACAAGCACGGAUAAAACUCCUUCACAUCACUCCCCCACCACCCUCACACACUGAUAGGCAGUUCUUUGAAUCCCUGGACUCUGUCUCUACCUUAUUACCCAUAGGGAUGUCAACCUGGUUGAAUUCCUGGACUCUGUCUCUACCUUUACUACCCAUAGGGAUGUCAACCUGGUUGUGAGACUGAAAAAAAUAAUGUGUGAUUUCAAGAUAUGAAGAAGCAGAGCAUGAGAUUUACUUUUUAGGUUUUAUUUUUUCAAUUUAAUUUAACCUUCUUUUUUUUUUUUUAUGCGCAGCUCUAAAGUCACCUGACUCUUUGAUUGGCUCUUUGAUUGGUCUUUCUGUAUGUCUACAGAGAUACUGAAGGGUGGAUCUGACGCACUGAGGACUCAAUGUUAGAGACAAUGUUAGGCAAGAAUAUAUUUACAUACACUGCUUAAUUGCCAUGGGAACAUGACACGGUAGUGUACAGAUGAGAGGUAGGUAGCCUAUGCCAGUGUCUCCCAACUCCGUACCCCCAACAGCACACAUCGUUGUUUUAGCCCAGGACAAAAACACCUGAUUCAACUUGUCAAAGGCUUGAUUAUUAGUUAAAAAGUAGAAUCAGGUGUGCUUGUCCGGGGCCACAACAAAAAAAUAUGUCCUAGGUUGAGGGCGCACUGAACGGAGAGGCACUUACUGAACCGAAUUUCACGUCUUGACAUCAAAUUUUAGAAUAUGACAUUUAAAAAAUAUAUUUUUCAUAUGUUAAAGAUGAACAAUUCAGAAAUUGUUUGGAUAUAAUGUAGUACUGGUAUGUGCCUUGACAUCUGUAUAAUAUUGAUUGAAUAUAUAUAAUUAUAAUUAAGAAUGUCAAUAAUAUUGUUUACUGUUUAUUUAAAAAAUAAAAGAAGUAAUGAAAUGAAAGAAAGAAAUUUGGCAUUUAACGAAAACACCUUGUGUAAAUACUGAAAGACUGUGUACAAUUUAGUACUAUAAUUUAUUACCUGGUUGUUGUUUAAUUAAUAACACCAUGUUGAAGGUUGGUGUUUAAUUAAUAACACCAUGUUGAAGAUUGGUGUUGUUUAAUUAAUAACCCCAUGUUGAAGGUUGGUGUUGUUUAAUUAAUAACCCCAUGUUGAAGGUUGGUGUUGUUUAAUUAAUAACCCCAUGUUGAAGGUUGUUGUUUCAUUAAUAACACCAUGUUGAAGGUUGUUGUUUAAUUAAUAACCCCAUGUUGAAGUUUGGUGUUUAAUUAAUAACACCAUGUUGAAGAUUGGUGUUGUUUAAUUAAUAACCCCAUGUUGAAGGUUGGUGUUGUUUAAUUAAUAACCCCAUGUUGAAGGUUGUUGU